UCCGGUAUUUCUGCCUCCGCCACCGUGUCAGAAUACCGGGCUGGCCGCUCAGCUCUUCUCUGCAGCAGGACCUUACCUGUUCCUCGAACAGCGCUGUACAGUCUUCCCGCACCGGCAUCUUUAGUGUCCGCAUUCUCUGGUCAUCUCCUGUACUAUGUCCGCAGUCUCUGGUCAUCUCCUGUACUAUGUCCGCAGUCUCUGGUCAUCUCCUGUACUGUGUCUGCAGUCUCUGGUCAUCUCCUGUACUGUGUCCGCAGUCUCUGGUCAUCUCCUGUACUGUGUCCGCAGUCUCUGGUCAUCUCCUGUACUGUGUCCGCAGUCUCUGGUCAUCUCCUGUACUGUGUCCGCAGUCUCUGGUCAUCUCCUGUACUAUGCCCGCAGUCUCUGGUCAUCUCCUGUACUGUGUCCGCAGUCUCUGGUCAUCUCCUGUACUGUGUCCGCAGUCUCUGGUCAUCCCCUGUACUGUGUCCGCAGUCUCUGGUCAUCUCCUGUACUGUGUCCGCAGUCUCUGGUCAUCCCCUGUACUGUGUCCGCAGUCUCUGGUCAUCUCCUGUACUGUGUCUGCAGUCUCUGGUCAUCUCCUGUACUGUGUCCGCAGUCUCUGGUCAUCUCCUGUACUGUGUCCGCAGUCUCUGGUCAUCUCCUGUACUGUGUCCGCAGUCUCUGGUCAUUUUC